AUGGAUGAGAGAGUGGAACACUCAAAUGGAGGCGGCCAUUUCUUCGAUGUUUCCAAAGCACUCAAAUCCGCAUCUACUGCAGUUAUCGGUCGAGCCAGUGUCUCGCUCGAAUCUCUUUGACACAGCUUCCCUUGUGCAACCAGAGACAGAUGACUUGCAGGAGACGUUGGAUCGAUUCGUAGAAACAAGUAUCGAACUCAUCCCAACGGAGCGACCCAAGAAGAGGCGAAAACUAGAGCCUCCGGCGAGGGAGGAGACCUCAGUCGAAUUCCGUUUGUUAUCGACCUGCAAUGCGAUCUCACUCCUUCCCAAGACCCUUCCACCUACGCUUAUACGAGAACCAGAUUGUGAAGACACCCCGGCCGCUGCAGAAACGCGUCGACUGAGGGCGGCAGCGGUGUCUGUGGACGGCGAACAAGUCAGAUCAGACUCAUUAACGUUUCCAGCGCCAUACCGGAAGGGCCGUACACUCUGCUUGCAGACUCAAGAUACGGGAGUAGCCGCUCCCCUCGCGGUCUUGCAACGCCAACAGGACUUUCGACGAACGCGUCCACCUGUUCCUCGAUCUCUGCUCCAAUCUUCUCCAUACACACAUUCCGUAUCUCCAGUCCCCUCAUCCAGUAUUGGACUCGUCCCGACUAUCGAGGUCCGAGUCGAUGAGCCCGUGACAAAACAUCCAUCGAGGCAAAAUCGCAGAAGACAUCGGGGGAAACCGAGAGUUCAACCGAUGCAGCCGUCAUUCUGGUGGCCGGGUCCAGGCGUAAAAGGCAAAUGCAUGGGGUAUGCUAUGGGUUACUAGCCGAAGGAGGCCGUCUUGCAGUUCAAAGAGUACAAUGAGAUCUAGUACGACAUUGUUUUGUUUGUAGCAAAUCAAAGAUCGAACUGACGCGUAUACGAUUGACCCUUGCCUCUGUACGCGUCUAGAAUGUUUACCUCAACACCCCCGCCGCAAGGCGUGUACAGUAUACCGUCCAUUCCGCGCCUGCCAUCGCCCUCUGGCUCCCGCAAUCGCUCAUCGCUGGGCUCAUUUUCCUUUGGGCCCGAGCAGCUGGUGGACUCGUAUCUGGAUGCCGACUCAUCAACCGCAUCCCAUCCCAACUCCUUUGCGCUCGAUCCGAAUCGCUCCGUUCUCCCUGCGUCGCCACUGCGCUCCUCCCCACGCCGCCCGAAAAAAGCGCGAGACACGUCCAGCCGCCACCCGCACCCGCUCGCGAAUGACACCACGGACAUAUUCAACGAUUCGGACGAGGACGAGGACGAUGAGGACUACGAGUGGAAGAUGGUGGACCGGAUGCGACUUUGGAGACACGACGCGUUGAUGCAGCAUUUGCAUGAAACGGCCGCAUUCUGGGGCGACAAGAUCGUCAGCUGGACAAAUGACCCGAAUGAUGCCUUUUGGCUAGCUCAAACGUACUUCAUGAUGCAUCAGUAUUCGCGCGCUGAACGCCUUCUCACUCGUCCGUUCCCGACUGCUGCUCCGGACACUCGGAAUACGCUUCCUAUAUCGCCAACGAACGGGCACUUGUCACUGAAGGGCAAGGAGCGCGAUUUGCCUUUCCCUCCAAGAUUACCUAUGGGGCCAGGUGGACUGCUGGAGAUCCCCGAAGAAUCUCAGAGCAAGAUCUCGCGGCUGGUGGAUAUGAGUGUGGCUUGUCGAUAUCUAGCCGCGCAGUGUCAUGUGCGCCAGGGUAACUGGGAAGGUGCAACUGAAAUGUUGGGUGAAGCCAAUCCAUUCCGCAACUCCGGACGCAGCGGGCCUGCAGUUCCUAAUCAAGACGGUGGAAUUAAGAUUGAGGCGUCCAUGUGCCAUCUGAGAGGCAUUCUGAUGCUGAAAUUGAACCGGGGUGAUCAGGCAAAGCAAUGUUUCAUGGAGGCUUUGGCCUUGGACGUCAAGUGCUUCGAGUCCUUGGAACAGCUUAUCAACGGGGAAAUGAUGACGCCCGACGAAGAGUGGGAGUUUGUGCAGUCUCUGGCUUACUCAAAACAAACACCCCAAGAUGCCGCCUUUGUGCAAUUGAUUUACACAGCAAGAUUACGCAAGUAUAAGCAUGUUGCAGAACAUGCUCUCACAAGACAACGUCUCGUCGAGGAGUUUGGACUGGGGGAUAACCCCGAUGUUCUGUUCAGUUUUGCAGAUGCGUUGUAUGCACAGUUCAGAUGGGCCGACUGUUUCGCAAUCACGACCAGAAUACUGGGCUUGGUAGCAAUACACUCAAAGACGAUGCCAAUCCAUAUCGCCUGCAUGUACCAUCUAUCUCAUCUGCACUCGAAGCUGUUCAUCUUGGCCCACGAAAUGGUCGAACAGGAGCCUGAAAAUGCUCUCAGCUGGUAUGCCGUCGGUGUCUGGUAUCUCAGUGCGAACAAAUGGGCCGAGGCGCGCCAAUAUUUCAGCAAGACGUCGCUGAUGGACCCAAGAUUCGCCGCUGCGUGGAUCGCAUUCGCUCACACUUUUGCAUUGGAAGGGGAGCAUGAUCACGCCGUGACGGCAUAUUCGACUUGCGCGAGGAUGUUCACGGGGUCUCAUCUCCCACUGAUGUUCGUCGGGAUGGAGAACAUCAUGCUGUCCAACUAUCGGCAAGCGGAUGAAGCUCUGAAAGCUGCUGACACCAUGUGUGAUGGCGAUCCUCUGCUUGUCAAUGAACUGGGCGUGAUGGCUUACAAUCAUGGAGAUUUCGAUGAAGCGGCGAAGCUCUUCCAAAAAGCACUUGAUCUAGCCCAGAUCACUCAAGGAUCACAAAAGACCUGGGGAAUCACCUACCUCAAUCUGGGCACAUGUCAUCGAAAAUCCAAGCGAUACGAAGAAGCCCGGAUCGCCUACCAAAAGGUUCUUGACCUGGAACCUCGAAAUGCGGCCGCUCUCGGCUUUCUGGGAAUCAUCUACCACCUGACAAACGACCUGGACAAAGCGAUCUUGAAAUAUCACGAGACUCUCAGCAUCAAUCAAUUGAAUCCACAUAUCAUGGAACUCCUCCAACUGGCUCUGGAGCAGACAUCCUCUGAUGUCCCCAGCAUAGACGAGUUCAAGGAGGUCGUGAUGAAUUUGCGCGACAAAUAUCAACGACAUAACAAAAACAGUAAGGGGAAGCAGCGAGACGGUGGCCUGCCCCGAUCCGCCCCAUCCAAUGACAUGAACAUUGGCUGAAUGUACUUACAUCGGCAUCGACAUGUGCUCAGUGUCCCGGGUUAGGGUUACAUGUCUGUUGAUAGUUAUGUACAGAUCAAUUCAAAAUUUCUGAAGCGCAUCUUCCGGUUCUCUUGCGCGCACGCCUUGCUGUUCCUCCUCUAGCAUGCCCGACGCAGCGGUCUCCAACAAAGCAGAGAAGAAGGCGAAACGGAAAUCUAUCACCACCCCAUCCGAUGAGCCCUCUACCUCGAAAGUGGCGAUAUCGGCGGAGGCAAAACCCAAGAAGAAAGAUGCUGGGGUAGAGGACACGCCUGCAAAGAAGUCGAAGAAGAAAGAUCUUACAUCGACGGCAGGGGAUGUCUCAGCAGAGCUCCUCCAGGUCGCGACCGAGCAGCCGUCGAAGAAACGGAAGAAGGAAACGGCUGCAUCCACCAUCGUCGAACCGGACCCUGCUGUUGACGAUACGCCUCAUCCCGCGAAAAAGCAGAAAAAGGCGAAAGCUGAUAUGCCUGCGAUCCCAACAGUACCGGAAGCCGAGGCACCGAAACCAGCAAAAAAAGCCAAGAAGUCGAAGAAGGCCGACAUCGACACCGACACCUUACCACCCGUGGCUGCUGAACACUCUGCUGCUGAACCUGCUAUCGAGACUACCAAGAAGAAGACUAAGAAGACGAAAGCCGCGUCUGCAUCGGAACCCGAACCCGCCGUCUCGGCCUCGGCACCUGAAACGCCUGCGUCUACCACCACACAAGCUGACCCUCCCGUCGACGAUGCACCUCAGCCUUCGAAAAAACAGAAAAAGUCCAAAACCGUGAUAGCUGACGCACCCGCCGCUGCAACGGCGCCAGAGGCCGAACCCACGAAAAAAGCCAAGAAGUCGAAGAAGGCUGGCACCGACAUCGCUACCCUACUACCUGUGGCUGCGGAACCCUCUGUUGCGGAACCUGCUGCCGACGUGCCGAAAGAGAAAAAGACGAAGAAGACAAAAACUGUGCCCGCAUCGGAACCGGAAACCGCCGUUUCGGUGUCGGCACCUGCACCUGCGAGUGCGUCGUCGAAAAAGCGGAAGCGGGCAGCGGAGGUCGAUGCGGAUGCUCCCGAGGAGGUUUCUUCGAAGAUACCAACGACUGCGACUCCUGCCCCUGCUCCGGAAACCGACGCGUCGUCCAAAAAAGCAUCCAAGAAGCAGAAGAAAGUUGCCGCUGCCUCGACAGACGCCAUCGUUGCGCCUGUUUCUGUAGAGGAGUCUCCCAAGGUUGGCAAGAAGGCAAAGAAGGUGGCCGUUGCACCUGAACCUGUCGUGGAAUCCAAGGAGGAGGACAAGGCGAAGGUGGCGAAGAAGGCGAAGGUGGCCGCCGAGCCAACGGCGGUCGUUGAGCCCAAGUUGACUGUCGAGCCGAAGAAAGCCGUCGAGCCGGUGCUCAAGUCUAAGAAAGCAAAUGAAUCCACGCCAAAGUCGAAAAAGGCAGAGCAGCCUGCGCCCCCGGUUGAGUCUACCCCGUCGAAGAAGAGCAAGCCUAUCGUCGUGGCCCCUGACCUGGACGAAGCAGCGGAUGAAGACUCAUCUGACGACGAGGACUACGCUCCCAUCGAAGGGUUCUCUACGGACGAGGAUUCGUCCGACGACGACGCAGACAUGGACGUAGAUGAAACACCGGUCGAUCUCGGUAAGCUACCGACGAUCGCCAAAGACGAUGCUACUGUGAAGCGCAAGCUCGAGAAAGCUAAGAGGCAGCCGACUACUGACCGUGGUGUUCUAUACCUCAGUCGUCUUCCACACGGAUUCUACGAAGAACAGCUCAAGGCCUACUUUUCGCAGUUCGGGAAUGUCACGCGUCUACGCGUAUCGCGCAACAAAAGGACCGGGAAAUCAAAGCACUACGGGUUCAUCGAGUUCGAUUCGGCAUCUGUCGCCCAGAUUGUGUCGGAGACGAUGGACAACUACCUGCUGAUGAAUCACCUGUUGGUCUGCAAGGUCGUUCCCAGGGAGCAGGUGCACCCGGAACUGUGGGUCGGUGCCAACAGGCAUUGGCGAUCGGUUCCUUCGGCGCGUAAAGCGCAAGCUGACUACAACAAGCCCCGGACCAAGGAAGAGCAAGGACGUGCCGCUGCCCGGCUCUUGAAACGUCAACGAGAACGUCAACGCAAACUUGACAAGGCUGGGAUUGCAUACGACGUCGAGGCGGCCGGGUAUAGUUCUAGCCUUGCUCAGUAGAUCUUUGUCAGCACGUACCAUGCGCUGGUGUCAGCACCAAAAUGCAGACCUCGCACUUUUCUGUAAUCCACAUGCGAGAGGCCGAACCAUCGCC